AUGACUCUAGUCAAGCCUUUCUACUUGUUUUCUGCCCUAGCUGGCCUUGGCUUCAUUGCCCAAUGGAUCUUGAUGAUAUUGAAUGGCUCACUUUUUGCUAUGAUCUUGGCUUCGUGGACAAACACAUUCCCGGACGGUUCGGCACUCAAGACCUGGACGGGAUUCUGGCCCAUUGACUUUACUCUCGGUAUCCUCGUUGUGUUCUUCGGGGGCCUUCUCGAUUCAACCGACCUACUCAAUCACGAACCAUUUCUUCUCCUUGCCGAUCUAAUCUUAUCCCUUGCCGUCUGCGGCACAAUGACCUUAGUCGAAGACCGACGGGACAGGAAGAAAGGUCCACUAAGAUUCCCGGCAUUUUGGCAGCUCAUGUGGAACUUCUUCGGUGCAGCUUCCAUUAUGCCCACCUUCUCUCGCUAUUAUGUCAUGAAUCGAUGCGUCAAUAGUCCAGGUCUAUCUCGUGACCAAGCCCAGGCCCUACCCUUCACGGCGCUUUGUAUGUUGGCCAUCUCGAGCGCACUUUUCGCUCCGGCAUUACUAGGUGCUGAGCCCUUCCGAAUCCAGGACAGCGUGAUAGUCUGGUUCCUUGCACCAGUCGCUGUUGGUCCCUUUCAGGACUUAGUGAGCGCUCUCAUCUCACGCAGCAGCUCUGUAUAUAAGGGGUUUGGGAGCCCAAUUUCUGUUGCUUACUCUAUCGUUGGUACAGUCAGCGCGGUUAUCCAUAUCUUUGUUCUUCUUCGGACAUUUCAGAACCCGGAACUUAGCUGGAGUAGGGUCUAUUGGCCAUGCCCUAGUGCUGUUCAGCCUGGCCCAACCCUUAUCCAUGAGUCUGCUCUGCUCUUCAUUCAAUUUGGCCACAUGACUGUGUCUGCAUCCAUACUAGCCAUUGGUGCCUACAUGAUCGGUUCCAAAAAGGCUUUAGCCUCCAGCUCAUUAGCUGAGAGAUUAUGGACUAAUACUCCUGUAUUGAAGCUUAUGGCUGUGGAAGGAAUUUUUGGUCCGGGAGCUGCUUUGGCUUGGCUAAUGUCUACAAGGGAACGAGAAAGAAAUGUUGAUGAUGCUUUGAGUAAAAAGGCCUAA